AUGACCAAGUUCGAGAUGGAUAUGAGUGAAUCUUCGAUGGCUCCAGCAGUUUCGCUGGAGCAUGCAGAUUUUCCCCAUCUCACUACGGUAGAAUGGCAGGCAUUACACCGCCUCGCGGCGGUGUCUGGUGAAAUCUUCGUGACGUCGCUGCUGAGCACAGCGGCGCCCGAACAACACCGUGCCGCCAUUCAAGACUACAUGGUGCGCGAGCUCGCCGAAGCGAACCGGCGAGUACAUACUCCCUCGCGCCCCUCCCAUUACGAUGCAAUUAAAAUGGAGACGUCGACAUACUCUGGUGAUGGUCCAGAUCGUCUCCCCCUUAAUCGCUGGUUUAGGGAGAUUGACAUCGCCAUAGCGUCAAGGUUGAUUGACGCUCCGACGGCCAAGGUUAAUUUCCUACUGUCUCGGCUUGUUGGUAAAGCCAAAGAAUGGGCUCUUGGGAAGCUCGUUAUAAACGAGUUGGCAUUCCCCACGCUGGACGAUAUCCAGCGCGACUUACGACUGGCGUUCGAGCCCCCUCAAGAUGAGUCACGCUUGCGCGCAGAUUUCUUUUCACUUCGUCAGGGCAAGCUGUCGAUGCGUGAUUACGUACAGAAGACACGACAUAUUGCUUCGUGUAUCAUCACGCAGCCGAUCGACAUGGCUUCGCAAGUUCAUGUCUUUGUCUUUGGUAUGCAAGAGGGCAUGACCCGCUAUUACCUCACACGUGCUGAACCUAAGACUCUUGAGGAGGCAUUUGCCCUCGCGCUUCGUGAAGAUUACACGGUCGCAUCGUCAUAUUUGCAGGCAGCGUCGCAACGCCCGCGUACGUCUGGCCCAGAGCCUAUGGAAAUUGACGUUAUCGAUGCAUCUCGUGAUCGCGGCAAGCAAUUUGGCCGCGACAUUCGAAGUCAAAACACGAUGAAGUGUUAUCGGUGCGGCAAGACUGGCCAUCGUGCGGCCGUCUGCCGAGCACCAGCGCCGGUGUCCAUGAACACAGCUGUCUCACGUGGAGAUACUGUGUCGUCAGUGGUACCGCCAAAAACGAGCGGUUCCAGUAGGUGCGGGGCGCCCUACUGGCAGUAA